AUGUCAUCAUGUGAUAAAGCUUAUCCAAUAACUACACCAACUGCAUCUCCAAAUUUUCUGUGCAGUGUUCUUGGUGCAGUUUUAUCCAAUCAAUAUACAAAGUUUUAUGUCGAUCCAAAUGUGCGUUAUUUAUAA